GUCAUCAUGAACGCUAAGGUCUUGCUCCUGGUGUGUCUUGCAGCCGUUGUUGCUGCGGACAGUUUUGAAUCUGCUGAAUCAGGUGAAUACAACUUCAACUGGGCCGUCAAACACGACGACUCCGGCAAUGACUUCGGCCAUCAGGAAGCCCGCAAUGGAGACAACACCCAAGGAUCCUACUACUUGCAGCUCCCCGACGGCCGCCUGCAGACCGUCAGGUACGUAGUGGACGGCGACAACGGAUACGUGGCCGAAGUGAACUACGAGGGCGAGGCUCGUUACCCCGACUCCAAUGAAUCAAAGUGAAGAGAUUCUUUUGGCCUCUACGUGGAAUGAAGUGACCAGGAACACAAACGAAUUAAUUAUUUAUCUAUUAGCUAGAUAUCCAUAUGCCAAGUUCAACGCUAGAAUGGUCUAGCACCUAGAAUACUGAGGAAAUAAUUCCCACAAGGCUUUUCAUUGUUUGUUUGGGAAUUCUCUAGCAAGGAAAUCGAUUGCUGUAAAAAUAUAUUAUUUAUUGUUGCUUCCCAAUAAAAUGUCUCCUUAUCAGCA